AUGGUCCCCCGUGCCCGCGCUGUGGCAGAGAACAACGAAGCUCUUGUGCGGGACUUGGACAGGCAAAUUGCCGCCCAUGGCGGACUCGAGAGUUACCAGCUAGCGAGCAAGAAGGGUCAGUCGAAGGAGCGGGGUGGUGAUUCCAGCAAGGUACUUGUGGAGUGGUUGGCGCCUGUGUUUGAAGAGCUGAACCUGCAGCGGCGGAAGCCGCAGAAUCAGGGUGGUGGUGCUAGUGGUGCUAGUGGUACCGGCGAUGGAAAAGGUGACCCAAAAGCUGAAAAGGGAGAGGAGAAGCCGCGACGGCCACCGCCACUACGGUUACUCGAAGUUGGCGCGCUAAGCACCUCAAACACCUGCUCCCGCGUUAGCUUGCUGGAUGUCAUCCGCAUUGACCUUCACUCGCAGGAGAAGGGCAUCCUACAGCAGGAUUUCAUGGAACGUCCAUUGCCCACGUGCGACGAGGAAAAGUUCCAUAUCAUCAGCCUAUCGCUGGUGUUGAAUUAUGUCUCGAAUUCAGCGAGCAGGGGGCAGAUGCUGAAGCGGACAACGGCGUUUUUGACGCCCCCGCCGCCGCUUAUUGCGACGACAGGAGAUGCAGCAUCAGAAAAUGCGCCAGAUGAACAGUCUAAUAAUAGCGCGCAUUUGCCAUCUCUAUUUCUCGUUUUGCCGGCAGCAUGUGUGCUCAAUUCCAGGUAUUUUACUGAGGAGCGGUUGCGGGCCCUCAUGUCAAGCCUGGGGUAUGAAAUGGUGCAGAGGAAAGUGACGUUGAAGCUUGUGUAUUACCUUUGGAAGUACAGUGUCGAUGGUGUUCCUAGGGCUUCUGUUUUUAAAAAAGAGAUUCUGAACCCCGGUGGGAAUAGGAAUAAUUUUACUGUUACUCUGGAUUAG